ACUCUUACCUGCAGAUUCAACAGCAAAUUAGAUUGAGUUGUAUGGUUAAAAGGCAACCAGUGAUAGCUUUUCCUUAAUAAUUUGCUCUUCAUGGUGUGAAUUUUAGUUCCUCUUAGCUUGCUGAGACAUUGUAGUUUGUAAAUGCUUUGCAGAUUUUGAUCAACAAACUGAGAUCCAAAGCAAUUAGAUGGCCUGUUUCUCAAAUCCUGAUGAGAGUUAUGAUGAUCUGCGAUAUCAUCCAUCUCCCUCCAUGGAUCAAACAACGGAUACGCCUGUGUACUCUACAACAAGCGGUGAUUCGUUUAAGUACUGCCGGACCAACUCUGAAACCUCAACCUUCUCAAUCCGCACUGAUGACAAUUCCUUAUAUGAAGAAAGCUCGUCUUCAUGCUGGCCAAGUUCAAGUUCAAAAUCUCUGAUCUGCAAUCAGACUAACCUCAGCAAAUCAUUAAUUAAGAAUCACGCCAAAGCUGUAGAGAAGAAAUACAAUGAUCAAGAAGUUACAGAUGCAGAUAUGGAAAUGAUGAAGGAAAGGUUUUCAAAGCUUUUGCUAGGGGAAGACAUGUCUGGAAGUGGGAAGGGUGUCUGCACGGCAGUUGCAAUCUCAAAUGCUAUAACAAACCUCUAUGCUACUGUUUUUGGUCAGAACUUAAGAUUAGAACCUCUGCCUCCUGAUAAGAAGUCCAUGUGGAGGAGAGAGAUGGCCUGUCUUUCAUCCAUAUGCGAUUACAUAGUUGAAUUGAUACCUGCCUGCGCCAUUUAUCAAGAUGAUGAGGUCGAGAUGUCAAGCACACCCAGAUCAGAUAUUUGUGUGAACCUCCCUGCACUGCAGAAGCUGGACACAAUGCUCUUGGAAAUAUUGGAUAGUUUCCAGGACCAGGAAUUCUGGUAUGCAGAGCAAGGAAAGCUUUGUGCAAAUGAAAUUCAUUCUGCUUCAUUUCGGAGGAUUAUUCAUCGGCAAGAGGAUAAAUGGUGGUUACCAGUACCAUGUGUCCCUCCAGGAGGCCUCUCUGAUAAGUCCAGAAAGCAAUUGCAACACAAACGUAACAGCACAUUUCAAAUCCACAAGGCGGCCAAAGCUAUCAACAAUACCAUUCUUGCUGACAUGCGUGUUCCAGACACAUACUUGGCAACGCUUCCAAAGAGUGGAAAGGCCAGCGCCGGAGACGCAAUUUACAAAUAUAUGAACACCACAGAUAAAUUUUCCCCCGAGUAUCUUCUUGAUUACCUAAAAAUAGGUUCAGAACAUGAAGCUCUAGAGACUGCAGACCGGGUGGAAGCUUCUAUGUACACAUGGAGACGCAAAACAUGCAUGAAACACUCAAAAUACUUGGAUAUGUUCAAAGAUUUAAGGGAUGAUGGGGAUAAGAAUUACUUACUAGCCAUUAGAGCAGAAAGCAUGUUGUUAUGCUUAAAGCAAAGGUUCCCAGAACUAUCCCAGACAACCUUGGACACAAGUAAAAUCCAAUACAAUAGGGUAAGUGCCCAGAGCUCAGCUUGGUCAUUCUGUAUAUCUAAUUAUGUUAAAAUGUCAAUAUUAAAACACGAUCUUUUCUUGCAGGACGUAGGGCAAGCAAUCUUAGAGAGCUACUCAAGAGUAUUGGAAGGUUUAGCAUUCAAUAUUGUCACAUGGAUAGAGGGCGUGCUAUCGGCAGACAGGUUAAUGAAACACCAAGUUCAGAGGAAACCAUGAAGGAGUUUGAUUCUAAAGAUGAAAUCUAAGUCCAGUUCUCUUCUCCAAACCUCAAUUUUGUAUAUUAAGAGAUUUCUCUUCUUAUAAGCAUCAAAAGGGGAACAUUCAAAUGUAUAA